AUGCCUUCAGCCGACCGCCUUGAAGAAAUACGCGUCCCCAUGUUGGACCAAGUGGCCUACAAAAAUAGACGCCUGCGCGUCGCUACUAUAGGAGCCGGAUUCUCUGGCUUGAUACUCGCACAUAAGAUCCAACAUGAACAUCCGGAACUGCAAGAGUUCAUUGACCAUGUCAUUUUUGAAGCCAACGAUGACAUUGGCGGGACCUGGAAGGUCAACACAUAUCCUGGUAUCCAAUGUGACAUACCAGCACAUAUUUAUGCGUUUCCCUUCGAUCCUAACCCAAAUUGGUCCAAGUUCUAUGCUGAUGGCAAGGAAAUUCUUGAAUAUAUGCAGAGGGUUGCAGACAAAUGGAAUCUGAAACGGGCCAUUCAGUUCAACACAAGAGUAAUCGCGCUUGAUUGGCUAGAGGAUGAAGGAAAGUGGAAGAUCAGAGUACGCAAGAAUGGUCGGGAGGAAAGAGUCGAACUGGCCGAUGUGGUUGUUUCUGCCCAGGGCUUCUUGAGUGCCUGGAAGUGGCCCGACAUUCCCGGAAUACACGAUUACAAAGACCAUAAAGUCCACUCAGCCUCGUGGGACCAUUCCUACGACUAUUCCAAUAAGAAAAUAGGCAUAAUUGGCAACGGGUCUUCAGCCAUACAGAUCCUGCCACAAAUGGCCAAAUUACCUGGUACCCAGGUGGUGAGCUUUCAGCGAGGCGCCACCUGGAUCACACAAAGCCUGGGUGAAGCCCUGGGUGAAAUUGGCAGCAGAUUCAACCCGCGCUACACGAGCAAGGACAAGAGGCGGUUUCGAGAUCCCGAGAAACACAGACAGUACCGCAAGAUGCUGCAGCAUGGAAUGAACCGAGGAUUUCGAAUUUACCGCAAAGGAUCCAUCCAAAACGCCACAUCGACCAAGACAACCAUCGCACGCAUGCGCCAGGCGCUGAACAACAACGAAUGUCUCUGCAAAGAGCUCAUCCCAGACUGGACACUAGGAUGCCGCCGCCUCACUCCCGGCGAAGGAUACCUAGAAUCCUUCCUCCUUCCCAACGUGACACUUGAGAAAUCACCCAUCGAGACCAUCACAGCGACGGGCGUCCGAACCUUUUCUGGUUCACAAUACGAUCUCGACGUACUCAUCUGCGCCACGGGGUUCGACACCUCCCACAUCCCACACUACCCCGUAACAGGACGGGACGGGAUCACACUCGUGCAGAAAUGGGACCCUGAGCCCGAAUCGUACCUCAGCCUCGCGUGCCCAGAUAUGCCCAACUAUUUCAUUUUCACGGGCCCAAACGCCACUGUGGGGCAUGGCACGCUAAUUACUUCCAUGACCUGGACGGCCGAAUAUAUCGUCAAAUGGCUGCGCAAGAUCGCCGCGGAGGAUAUCAAGAGCGUAGCCCCCACGCAGGCGGCCACGGACGAGUUCGUCCGGUACGGCGAUGAGAUUCACAAGACACUUGUCUGGACUGCGGGGUGUAAGUCCUGGUACAAGAAUCAUAGGGUAGAUGGUAGGGUCACGGCCACUUGGCCUGGCUCUGCGCUCUUGUACCGUGAGAUUCUGCUGGGAAGAGGGGGUGAUUUGCGCGGCGAAGACUGGGAUAUUAGGUACAAUUCAAAGAAUCGGUGGAGAGGCGUCAUGGGAAAUGGAACCACGAUGCUCGAGUUGGUCGCUGAGAAAUAUGAACGGACGGGGGAGGGUGAGCCGGUUGAUUUGGCGUUUUAUAUAUGA